AUGUUUUUAAUAAUAUCAAUGGUUUCUAUGUUGUAUUAUUCUAUCGUCGCCGAUAACCAAGAGACGCAGGAAUCGCAACAUUAUUAUAGAAUUUCUAUGGUAUCGUCUCAUGAAAACCCCGGCAGCCCCGCGUUAUUCAUACACGGCGAGAGUCCCGUGUGGGAUCCGGAACUACAGAGCUUGUACUUCGUCGACGUGCGUGAGAACAACGUGCAUCGGCUAGACUACGUGUCCGGGAAGAUUUAUACUAAGCAUAUAAGUUACGGAGAAGUGAACGUGGUAUCCCUAGUGACUGGGUCCCACCGGCUGCUAGUCGCCGUGCGUUCCUCCCUAUACCUGAUGGACUGGGCCAUCGCUGGAGACGCGGCGUUGAGACUGCUCACUACUAUGGACAUAGGACUGCCUGAUAACGUCAUCAAUGAGGGGAAGCCCGAUGCUGAAGGGAGAUUUUGGGCAGGAACGAAAGGCCCCCAAACUGGCGACGACGUGAUCCCCGACAAGGCGACAUUCUACAGCUUAGAACAAGAGAGUUUCACCCGGCCGCGCAUACAGCUGCGCCCCGUGUCCAUCUCCAACGGCAUCGUGUGGUCGCUCAACAAUACCGUGCUGUAUUACAUCGACUCGCCCACGCAGAAGAUUGAGGCCUUCGACUUUGAUUUGCAGAGAGGAGACUUGUCUGGUCGCAGGACGGUGAUAGACAUAUCAGCACACGGCUACGAGGACGCCAUACCUGACGGCAUGACGAUAGACAGCCAUGGAAACCUGUGGAUCGCGCUCAUGUUCGGAGGCACUGUAUUACACGUAGACCCAGACACGAGACAAAUAGUGUUCGGCUACAAACUUCCAGUGUCCCGAGUGACCUCUCUCUGCUGGGGAGGGCCCAACCUAGACGAACUCUUUGUAACGACGGCCAGAGACAAUGUAGACGCCGUGCACGAGCCGCUGGGAGGCGCCAUCUUUACGAUACGCGGGACCGGCAGCCGCGGCGUCGAACCUCACAUGUUUAGAUUCGAUAACGCUGAUUUUUAUUGAUCAAAUUGUAUUUAAGAUUAAAUUAAAUUUAUAUAAAGUAA